UGGCGCCCGACAGACGGGGCUGAGAGUUUGCUUACUUUGCCGAUAUCCUGGAUUAUUUUGUGUAUGGAUGUUGGAAGUUUGAGUGUUAUCACCAAUAAAUUUAAAUAAAGGAAGAGUUGCAAUUCUUACUUUGGGUCCCCAGACAAAGACGAGUAUUAGUAAUAUCGUAGUGUUGGUAACUCAAUUUGUGAAAAAUUUACACUUGUAUCACUAUUUCCAUAAAGGGCAAUGAUGACGAACCAAAAACUACGCCAACAAUUCCAGUAAAGAAUGGUCCACACUAAUAGGUUUGAUGGAAAAAACAGUUGUGUAAACUUUAAAAUACAAUAAACGUAGGACGCAUUAGGAAAACUAAUUUUAAAUGUGGAAAUCCAAAGUAAUGUUAUACUUUUAUUCAUUUAAAUGGAUAUUAAAUUGCUUUCUCUUUUGAAGAAAAUCCAAAAUUUUUCAUAUUGUUAAAAAUAAGCUUCAUAUAUAUAUGAACUUAACAUGAAUAUUAAUUACAAACACAUGAAUGCAUCACUAAUGGUUUUAAUACUUGGUUUCGACUUGGGAAUAUGUAGUAUCAUCUCGAAUAACAUCUACCCUAUAAAAUUUCUAGAUCAGAAACAAGUAACAAAUUCAAAUCAUAAAGUACAAAAAAGAAAAGUUCAACUGGAUCCACAAAAAAAACAUGUCCCAACUGUUAAGGGACAAACUUGGUCAACCUCCAAAUUACAUUGUACUGUUCCAACCAUAGGAAAGCAGAAUGUUACAUUUAAAUGGUCAAAACAGCAAUCUUCCAAUGAAUUUUUUCCUUUAACAACAUUAGACACAACAUACAUGGUGAACGUAUCAUCGUCGAUGUGGGUUGGUGACGAUAAAAGGUAUAAUUCAACAUUAGACCAAGAAGAUAAAGAUUGGAUUCUCACUAUAAAAUUUGCACAACUCUCAGACGCUGGAAAUUACCAAUGCGAAAUAUGCAUUUUUGAGAAAUGCUCUACGUCUAUUGUCCACCUCAAACUUCAAGAGGCACGUGCAAAAAUAAUUGGAGGUCCUGUAAAGGUGAUACCGAGUGACAAAGAGCUUCCCCUUCGCCUUAGCUGCGAGCUGAUAAACUCGAUGGAAAAGCCGUCUUAUAUAUUUUGGUAUCAUGGGGACAGGAUGAUAAACUAUGACCUCGAGGACGGGGCCACCGUCAGAGAAGGACCUCAGGGAAGCGAACUGAUCUUUCAGAAAGCGAACAAAACGCACGCGGGGAACUACUCGUGCGUGCCGUCGAACGCGAGGUUGGAUAGUGUUACGGUGUAUUACGGAGAGGUAGGAUGUGAUCCAUUCGGAGAUGGUAAUGGUACUAAAAUGACACACCAAGAACGACAUAUGACUAUCUUUAUAUUAAUAAUCCUGUUUUGUUUUCUUAGACAAUGAUUAGAUAUAAGAUUUUUAGAAAGUUACCAAUUUGUAUAAUUUCAAGUUCUCCACUAAAUAAAAAGUAUCUUAUUAUCAAAUAACAAAUUGGUCAAAUUAUGAACUGUUUCAUGUGAAAUAAAAUUUUAAACA